CCCGGGAACACGGGCUUCAUCAGCACUGGCAAGUUCCGGAGCCUCCUGGAGAGCCGCAGCUCCGAGCUGGAUCCGCACAAAAGGGAGGUGCUCCUGGCCCUCGCUGACGGCCAUGCCGAGGGGCAGAUCUCUUACCAGGAUUUUAUCAACCUGAUGAGCAGCAAGCGGUCCAACAGCUUCCGCCAGGCCAUCCUGCAGGGGAACCGCAGGCUUUGCAGCAAAGCCCUGCUGGAGGAGAAGGGGCUGAACCUCUCCCAGCGGCUGAUCCGCCACGUGGCCUAUGAGACCCUGCCCCGGGAGAUUGACCGCAAGUGGUACUACGACAGCUACACGUGCUGCCCCCCGCCCUGGUUCAUGAUCACCGUCACACUGCUGGAGGCAAGGAUGGAGGUGGCCUUUUUCCUCUACAACGGCGUGUCGCUGGAUCAAUUUGUCCUGCAGGUGACCCACCCGAGUUACCUGAAGAACACACUGGUUUACCACCCACAGCUCCGAGAACAGGCUUGGCGAUACCUGACCUACAUCUUCAUGCACGCGGGGAUAGAACACCUGGGACUCAAUGUGGUGCUGCAGUUGCUGGUGGGGGUGCCCCUGGAGAUGGUGCAUGGAGCCACCCGCAUCGGACUUGUCUAUGUGGCCGGCGUUGUGGCAGGGUCCUUGGCGGUAUCUGUGGCUGACAUGACGGCACCAGUCGUUGGCUCCUCGGGAGGGGUGUACGCACUAGUCUCUGCGCAUCUGGCCAACAUCGUGAUGAACUGGUCGGGCAUGAAGUGCCAGUUCAAGAUGCUGCGGAUGGCUGUGGCCUUGAUCUGUAUGAGCUUGGAGUUUGGCAGGGCCGUGUGGCUCCGGUUCCACCCCUCGGCCUACCCGCCGUGCCCUCACCCGAGCUUCGUGGCCCACCUGGGCGGCGUGGCCGUGGGCAUCACCCUGGGGGUGGUGGUGCUCAGGAACUACGAGCAGCGGCUGCAGGACCAGUCGCUGUGGUGGAUCUUCGUGGCCAUGUACACCGUCUUCGUGCUGUUCGCUGUCUUCUGGAACGUCUUUGCCUACACGCUGCUGGACUUGAAACUGCCGCCGCCCCCCUGAGGGCUCAGAGGACCGUGGGGGGAAGCAGCAGCUGGACUGGCCACCUGCAUUCUGUUUCUCGGCACCAGCUGAGCGGGGCCUGGG